UGAAGCUGCCCGAGUAAUAUCAUCGGCGUUUUAAUCAUCGAUGGAGAUUCCAUUGUUUCAAUGGAGUCAGAUAUCUAAGCAUCCUGAAUGGAUGCCUCAAAUCAAUGCAUGGUUUAACAGGUUUGAGUAUAAAUUCUGCUGGGACAGUGAGCAUAACACUGUUGUGAGGAGGGUGUGGGAAAAUCACGAGGCAACUAGGUUACGUGAUUUUUGGUAUGAAGCACAAAAAAAAGCAAAAAAAUCCACGAGGGAUAGGGGUUUACAAGGCUGGAAUGAUGUUGUGGUUUGGAGGGAUUUCAAACUGAUAUACAUCACGAAAGAUAUAUGGCCGCACUAUAUUGAGCACGUGAUGUUUGAGCGGUUCGCACGACGUUCACGGUCCGGUGCUGGCAACUGGAAUCGGCCAAUUCAUGGCGGGGUGACAACGCACACUAGCGGCUCCAUUCUGUUUGCUGCACAUGCGAAACGGAUGGUAAGAUUAAUUUAAAUAAAAUAUAUUGUUAAAUUCAGUUGUUGUUAAUAUAUCUUUUUUCAUUAUAGGCU